AUAUUGGGUUAAACGAUGAGAUCGAUCGGCAAUAGGCCUAAAAUAGAGCAGACCAACUCAGGUAUGUGGCCGAAUCCGAUUUAGAAAAGAAAGAAAGAAGAAGAAAUCUCAUUUGCAUCUCCUAUGCAAAACAACUUGUAUUGUGGAAGAUAGAUAUAGAUCGGCAACCUCAAUUUUAUUAAUCGGUGAGUUUUCCAAGCCAUGGAAACUGAAGUAGUCGCAGCAACUGAAAGCAAUCAAUCCUUAGCUUCUGAUUCGGAUGAUAAUGAAGUGAAAAGGAGAUGUUGGGAGCAGAGGGAAGCUCUGCCUGAUGAACCAAAAUGUGUUAUUUGUGGCCGUUAUGGUGAAUAUAUAUGUGAUGAAACUGAUGAUGACAUUUGUAGUGUCGAAUGUAAAACGAUUCUAUUAUCUCGGAUAGAAAAAUCUGGAACACCAUCUCCAUGCCCUCCCCCAGUAAAAUUGCCAACAGCUGAUGAAUGUUAUUAUGUGCGCGAUUGUAGUAAUGAAACUGAUUCAAAAUGUCUGGGCAGUGUUCAAUUAGAGUUGUUGAGGAGAAAACUCAACAUUUCUGUGAAGGGUGGCCUUGUUCCACCUCCCGUCAUGUCAUUUUCUUCAUGCAGUGUUCCUCAAAAGCUUCUUGAUAAUUUAGAAGCUGCAGGUUACGAAAUCCCAACUCCUGUGCAAAUGCAAGCCAUCCCGGCUUCUCUAACGGGUCAAAGCUUGCUGGUUUCUGCUGAGACUGGUUCUGGGAAAACUGGAUCAUUUUUAAUUCCUAUUGUUGCAAAGUGUGUUAAAUCAAAUCUAACUUGCUCUGAGAGGAAGCAGAAACCAUCCGGGAUGGUUCUUGCACCAACUAGAGAGAUCUGUAUUCAGAUAGAGGGGCAAGCUAAGGUGUUAGGGAAAGGGAUGCCUUUCAAAACUGCACUGAUUGUGGGUGGUGAUUCAAUGGCCCAACAACUCUAUCGUAUUCAACAGGGAGUUUCAUUGAUUGUUGGUACUCCCGGAAGGCUUAUUGAUCUUCUGGCUAAGCAUCAUGAGAUUGAAUUAGAUAGCAUCUCAAUCUUCGUUCUUGAUGAGGUAGACUGUAUGCUGCAGAGAGGAUUCCACGAGCAAGUAAUGCAAAUAUUUAGGGCACUAUCUCAACCUCAGCAGCUAUUGAUGUAUUCUGCUACAGUUUCAAGAGAGGUUGAGGAGAUGGCCAACUCAAUGGCAAAACAUUUAGCUGCUAUAUCAGUCGGCCAGCUGAACAAGCCUAAUCAAGCCGUGAAGCAGAUUGCCAUCUGGGUGGAAUCAAAACAAAAGAAGCAAAAGCUUUUUGAUAUUUUAACGAGCAAGCGACAUUAUAAGCCACCCGUUUUAGUAUUUGUGGGUUCUAGAUUUGGGGCAGAUCUCCUUUCUGAGGCAAUAACGAUAUGCACUGGACUGAAAGCUCUUUCGAUUCAUAGUGAGAAAUCUAUGAAGGAGAGGAGAGAAAUUUUAGGAUCAUUUUUGGUAGGGGAGGUGCCUGUGAUGGUUGCCACUGGGGUCUUGGGCAGAGGAGUUGAUCUGCUGUGUGUAAAACAAGUGAUAGUGUUCGACAUGCCGAAUUCCAUUACGGAAUAUGUGCAUCAGAUUGGAAGGGCAUCUAAAAUGGGAGAGAAAGGUGUGUCAAUCGUAUUCAUAAACGAGGAGAAUAAGAAACUUUUCCCAGAUUUGGUUGAAAUCCUUAAAUCAUCUGGUGCUGGCAUUCCGCCCGAGCUUGCUCAUUCAAAGUACACCGUUACCUCUUUCUCUGGCUGUAGCCAUCAUCUGAAAAAAAGAAGGAAACAUGGUAAUUGAAAUAAGCCAUGUCUGUUUACUUAAUUAUUUAAAGCGCCCCAUUGUGCCUUAUACCCUAUAAUGAUAGCACCUAUUAAUGGAUGGUGAAUAGUCUUGCUCGUGAUCCUCAGAGUUUUAUUGCACAAGUGAAAGUUAUCCUUAAUGGGAGUUCCUGUAGUGUUGUUAUUUGAUGAUGGGUCUGCAAACUGAAACCGAUAUAUUAUGAGAAACAGCCACGGAACAAUGAGAGGGAGGCUGUGAAUGGUGCCUUGUACUCUUCACUUGUAAGAUUCAACUUGAACACCUCUAUAUCCAUCCUUGGCUACUAAUUUUACAGUGUUUUAAAGUUAUUGAUCUUGUGCUAGUUUUGUGCAUAUAGUCUGGUCACAGUCAGUUAGUUUGUGUAUACUUUCAACUUCUUUAUAGGAAAAAGUAUUCAAAAGAAAUGCUGCAGAGGUUGGUUAGCCUAUUAGGAGAGCCUAUAUUCUACAUCCUGG